ACAAGCUCCACCCUGUCCAGGCUCCUCCCCUGCACAGAUCUGUAAGUAUAAGGACAGGCUCGAACAGCAUGGAGUGAAAUACAGGAAAUGAGUCACUCAAGUAAAGUGAACCAGAGCAGGAGGAGCAGCGAUUUGUUUUCCUUCUGAGCGCAGGCUUUGUUUCUGCUCCGAGUGAAACUCUUUGACAUUCACUGUCACAGGGUGGGGAAAUGGCGCAGCAAGAAAAUCAACUGGACGGAAAACAGUUCUGCUGUUCGAUCUGUCUGGAUCUGCUGAAGGUUCCCGUGACUAUUCCCUGUGGACACAGCUACUGCAUGGGCUGUAUCAAUACCCACUGGACCAAUGAGGACAAGAAGGGAACCCACAGCUGCCCUCAGUGUCGACAGAGCUUCACACCGAGGCCUGUCCUGGUGAAAAACACUAUGUUGGCCUAUUUAGUGCAGGACCUGAGGAAGUCCGGACUUCAAGCCACUCCUGCUGACAGCUGCUGUUACGCCGGAGCCGAAGAUGUGGCCUGUGACGUCUGCACUGGGAGAAAACUGAAAGCCCUCAAGUCCUGUUUGGUUUGUCUGGUCUCUUAUUGUGAAAAACACCUGCAGCCUCAUUACGAAGCAGCUCCGUUUGAGAAGCACAAGCUGGUGGAGCCCUCAGAGAAGCUCCAGGAGAACAUCUGCUCCCUUCACGGCGAGGUGAUGAAGAUGUUCUGCCGCACCGAUCAGCAGUGCAUCUGUUACCUCUGCCCUGUGGAUGAACACAAAGGCCACGACACGGUGUCAGCGGCAGCAGAAAGGACCGAGAGGCAGAGGGAGCUGGAGCUGAGCAGGGAGAAGAUCCAGCAGAGAGUCCAGGACAGAGAGAAAGAUGUGAAGGAGCUUCAGCAGGAGGAGGAGGCCGUCAACGGCUCUGCUGACAAAGCAGUGGAGGACAGUGAGGAGAUCUUCACUGAGCUGAUCCGUCUGCUGGAGAAAAGAAGCUCUGAUGUGAGGCAGCAGAUCAGAUCCCAGCAGGAAACCAAGGUGAGUCAAGUCAGAGAGCUCCAGGAGCGACUGGAGCAGGAGAUCACUGAGCUGAAGAGGAGAGACGCUGAGCUGAAGCAGCUCAUGUGCACCGAGGAUAACAACCAGUUCCUGCAGAGCUACUCCUCCCUGUCCCCCCUCAGAGAGUCCACACACUCGUCCAGCAUCAGCACCCGGCCUCAGAGGUACUUUGAGGAUCUGAUGGUCGCCGUGUCAAAGGUCGGAGAUCAGCUUCAGGACAUUCUGAGUGAGACACGGACAAAUGAUUCGCCAACUCCGGCUGUUGUUUUACUGUCACAACGAGAGCCCAAGACCAGAGCUGACUUCCUAAAGUAUUCACAGGAACUGACGCUGGAUCCAAACACAGCAAACACGCGUCUCUUAUUAUCUGAGGGGAACAGAAAAGCAACGUUUAUGAACAAAAAGCAGUGUUACCCUUGGCACCCGGACCGAUUCGCGAUCUGGUGUCAGGUCCUGAGCAGGGAGGGUCUGACGGGACGCUGCUACUGGGAGGUGGAGUGGAGAGGAAGAGGAGUUUACGUCGCUGUCGCCUACAAGAACAUCAGCAGAGCGGGGAACUCGUGCGAAUGUGGAUUUGGACUCAACGACAAAUCCUGGACGUUAGAUUGUGACCGUUACAGUUAUAACUUUUACCACAACAAUGCCAAAACUCCGGUGUCGGGUCCGCAGUGCUCCCGAGUCGGAGUGUACCUGGACCACGGCGCCGGAGUUCUGUCCUUCUACAGCGUGUCCACCGCCAUGACACUCCUCCACAGAGUCCAGACCACGUUCACUCAGCCGCUCCACGCUGGACUGUGGCUUUACUACGGAGACACAGCUGAGUUCUCUGGCCUCAAAUAGACUGGAGGUGUUUUGAGAGAGAUGCUUGAUCUUCUUAGGUCUCCAUGUUUGUUGCUCACAGCUUGUUGACAUCUCUGCUUUGCACCUGUCAAUCAAAAUGUACUUUGACAUCCGGGAUCUGUGUUUGUUCAUGUGGCACCAUUAUAACUGGAAAGAUUUAUUCAAGCUGAGAACUCUGGGAAUUUAACAUAAUUUUAUAAUCAGCUCUAAAUAAUAAUAAUAGUUAAAAUUAUAAUAAUACAUCACAUUUACAGUAUAUAGAGGUUGUUCUAUCAUUCUUAAAGAUGCAGGUUUAAAUAUGAACAUAUGAAAUAUGGACUUUUGUCUUUUUCAAACUGAAUAUCCAUCUCUCCCAAGUGCCUUACACAUCAAUUCAGACAUUUAUUAGGGCCCGAGCACCGAAAUCGGUGGGAGGCCCUAUUGAAAUUGAAAUUAUUAUUAUUAUUAUUCUUUUUUUUCUCUUGCUUAAAUGAAUUGGCUUUUUGAGGGCUUUAAUUGUUUUUAAAUUACGUUUCAAAUUAUUUAUAAGUCAAGUCAACCCUGACCUUUGCUCUUCAUCAUUUGUUUUUUUCACCUUCUGACUUAUCAACUUUUGUUUAUCCAGCUUUAGUCUUGCAAAAUCUGGUGUUUUUCCAAAUUGUGAAAUUCUGUGCGGAUCCAGAUAAUGUUUUGGACUCUGUGAAAGUAUUUUUGGGGGGUUACAUAUUUUUUCGGUUACAGUACGAUAACAGAUAUUCCUUUCUGCUCUGUCAGAGAAUUCCUAUUUUCCCGGUGAUUAAGGUAAAUGGUUUACAGAAAAUGUUUGUAUGUAUGUAUCUGAUCUAAAUACAUGUAUUUGCACUAUGGUGAUAAAGUGGCCAAUCAGCCUUGGUGGAGGUUUGUGCCCUUUCUGCCCUUUAGCGGAUAUUUUGCUUUCUCAUGGUUCUGAAUUUGCACAUUUUAUGUAAAACUUGUUGCUUAACAGCUCUGGACAUGCAAAAGUCACUCUGUUCAAAAUGUGCAAAAGUUGGACAGAGUGAGAAUAAACUGGUCCCUGAACAACAUUCCUGAGUCUGUGAACUUAGUUUCACAUCGACAAGACAAAUGGUGAAAUAAACGAGGAUUCAAAACUGUUGUUCAAACAGACAACUGGAAAUCUUUCGACCUUAUCUGUGUUGUUUUUUUGCCUUUAGCCGGAAAUGACUAAUUCAGCUUUUCUCAAAGGUCAAUGAAGGUAUAGAUCAACAUUUUUAGGAAAGACUGAUUCCAGUUGAUCUAUUUUUCAUUUAUCCUGACGCAUAACCCUCGAUAAGACGGCACAUUUUGUACAAACCAAUAAACCUUGUUAUGAUGA